AUGACUGACCAGAUCGACCCGAUUGGUGAUGCCCUCGCCAACUUCUUCAUCGAUUUUCAUCACAGGAAGGAUUCGGUGCCUGGCCAACCGACUGCUCAAUUUGGUCACAUCAAGAUCCCGCCAUAUCGCCUCGAGACCAGUAUACGAAAGCAAAUCCUGGAUAUGUUUCCAGAAGAGAAGUAUAUAAUGUUCGUUGUUCCAGACAUUGAGCCGGAAGUCGAGCAGGGCUAUCUCUCUAAUGGGCAUACCACCAUCAAAAUCAUGGCGUACCACAGACUGUUCGAACAUAUUCGAAGCAACUUCAACCGAGACGCAAAUGAAUCCGAUCAUACGAUCUGGCUAAAAUAUAAGGAUCCUGAGAGACGGUACAGGGGCGGCUGGCUACCACAGAAGAUUGUCAUUAUCUUUCAGAUUGAUCCCAACAUUCCAGCGGAUUGCGCGAUAUCACUGGCCGGAAUCGUUGAGUGGUCGCUGGCACAGUCGACUCUACCAGAUCACAAUAUUCGGCUGGUGACCCUCUCAGCAGAAGAGGAUUGUGACCUUCUCAAGAGACUCCUGGAUACCUCAGGUCUCCAAUAUCACUUCGCCGACCUCGACUUGGCUCAACACGGAGAGCUCGACCCCUUGCGAAACUGCACAAUCAUAAAUUCUAAGUACAUGGAUACCCAAGUGUCGAAUAUUCUGGCACGAGUCCGAGGAGAACCUGAAAAGUCUCGUCUCAUUCUGUGCUUUGACAUUGCCUUUUACAGAGCCUUGGAGGCGAAGCAGAGUCCUGAGGACGACCAGUUCAUUGACAAGGGCAGAUUCGCAAUCGGCUCAGGCGAUUACAGCCGUUUGGUCUACAGGCUAGAAGGUCCAAAUACUCGCUUGAUGUUGAUCGCGCCAGACGUUGCUAUAUUACCACUCACCAUCAAAGACUUCGAGGAGAUACAUGUUGUGCUUGGCUACAGCAAGACGGCACAAGUCUGGGACAUUGGGUUGCAUCAGAUGGUCCGCCGUGACUAUCCUCUGUCAAUGGAAGACCGCCGCCGUCAACUUUGGUGGGCUUAUCAAGGAAAUGAAAAGUCUGUUUUUAUGCAUAUACAAGACGGCCUGAGCCCGCAUGAAUACAUCGAACAGGGUUAUGCUGGCCCCCGCUUUGUCGAAGCACACCAACUCGGCGGUUUCAUUGCUACUGUCACCAGCCUCCCAUGGUUCUCCAGAAAUCGCGAUGGUAUCAUCAAGACCUUCGCAACCAAUCCUUUCGUAGUACGGGAGAUCACAGACAGACUAAUCAGACAACAAGUGAUCAAGUCCAAUGGUAGCGCCCUGACUAGCAAAGAAGCAGAUAUCUUCGUCGACACUUUACCAUUGCUAAACUAUGACUAUCGCCUGGCCCUUUUGGUUGCUACCGAGGCCUCGCCGGUGGUCAAUCGCAUCAAAACACAGCUGGCUGCUAUGCUCACCACUAACCUCGAGGACAUAGUCACGUUGGACAAAAUCCCCAGGCUACCAGAUUGCAUUUUCAAGGAAUGUCGUGGUUUUGGCCCACCACUGGCGGGGCAAGGUUCACUGUGGCUGUUCCUUGGCUUACUCAGGAACCGGGAUCAACACAUUCAGGAACAUGACGAGUAUAUGUCUCUUUACGACAACCUCGAUGGAUUCGUGUCUGUUGACGAAUCAGUGGGCGGAAGGAUUGAGAAGGUCUUUGGCCGAUUGGCCUAUCUCGUUGGUCGACAUGGCCGAGACAUCAACCAUCGGCCGUUUGUUUUGAUGGAGACUGGUGACAGGACUCCAUAUGCCCAAAGCACGCUUCUUGACGAUUUGCUGCCUUGUUGGAUGGAAUUUGAGGAUAUGACUCCAUAUGACCAACGCAUGCUUCAUGGUUAUUUUCUGCCCCUUCUGAAGGAGACUGAGGAGAUGACUCCGGAAGAGCAGCGCGAGCUUCACGGCGAUCUAUUCAGAGCAUACAUGUAUCAAGCUACUGUAUGUCACGAGCAAUUAGUCGGCGAUGGAAGCCACAGUGGCUCUCCCACGAUUUGCACUUUAUCCGGUGGAUCCAGAUGUGUGCUUGGGCCCCCUGACAUGUCACCAACCAAUUUGAUUGACAUCCUUGGUCUUCUUCGGGGCAGCGGUGACAAGACAGUCAUUGGCUUUUCCCACUCCCUCGAGACAGAAUUUGAUAACAACACUCUCAUCUUGAGAGACUGGACUUUGAUUCCCAAAGAUGUUGUGUAUGAAUGGGAAAAAAAGGCUGGACCGGUGGGAAGUGUUCUAGCGAUGCUGGAGCCAAUUGUUAGCCACGAGGGGUUUGCUGACGACGAAGUUUGA